CGGGGCGGCCGGGCGGCGGUGGAGGGGGCGGGGAGCCCGGGCCGCCAGCGCUGGCUCGGGGUCCGCCUCUGACUGCAGCGGCGGCGGCGGCGGUGGCGGCGGUGGCUCCGGCUCGCGGGGCUCGGCUCAGCUGGCUUGCACGGCGGGGCGAUGUGUGAGUGCCAUGGCGAGGAGUCUCUGUGCGGGGGCCUGGCUCAGGAAGCCCUACUACCUCCAGGCUCGCUUUUCAUACAUGCGGAUGAAAUACCUUUUCUUCUCCUGGCUGGCAGUCUUCAUUGGCAGCUGGAUUAUCUACGGCCAGUACUCCACUUACACAGAGCUGUGCAGAGGGCAGGACUGUAAGAAAAUAAUAUGUGAUAAAUAUAAGACUGGAGUCAUUGAUGGACCUGCAUGUAGUAGCCUUUGUGCAAAAGAAACACUUUAUUUUGGAAAAUGCUUAUCAACUAAACCUAACAACCAGAUGUAUCUAGGAGUCUGGGGCAAUCUGCAAGGCGUUGUGAAGUGCCAGAUGGAACAAGCCCCUCACCUGGAUUUUGGAACAGAGUUAGAGCCAAGGAAAGAAGUGGUCUUAUUUGAGAAGCCAACUCGGGGAACUACAGUGCAGAAAUUCAAAGAAAUGGUGUAUAGUCUCUUUAAGGCCAAGUUGGGGGACCAGGGAAACCUCUCUGAGCUCGUCAACCUCAUCCUCUCGGUGGCUGACGGCAACAAAGAUGGCCGCGUCUCCCUGCCAGAAGCCAAGUCCGCUUGGGCUCUUCUUCAGCUUAACGAGUUUCUGCUCAUGGUCAUUCUCCAAGACAAAGAACACACGCCCAAACUGAUGGGCUUCUGCGGCGACCUCUAUAUGAUGGAGAGAGUCGAGUAUACCUCCCUCUAUGGAAUAAGCCUGCCGUGGGUGGUUGAACUCUUCAUCCCCUCGGGCUUCCGGAGAAGCAUGGAUCAGUUGUUCACCCCGUCGUGGCCGAGGAAGGCGAAGAUAGCCAUAGGACUUCUGGAGUUCGUAGAGGACGUUUUCCACGGCCCCUACGGGAACUUCCUCAUGUGCGACACGAGUGCCAAAAACUUGGGCUACAACGCGAAAUAUGAUUUGAAAAUGGUGGACAUGAGAAAAAUUGUGCCCGAAAUGAAUCUCAGAGAGCUCAUCAAAGAUCGCCACUGUGAAACCGACCUGGACUGUGUUUAUGGUGCAGACUGUAGAACUAGCUGUGACCAGAGCAAGAUGAGGUGCACGUCAGAAGUGAUCCAGCCCAACCUGGCGAAGGCUUGCGGCUUGCUCAAAGACUACCUGCUGCGCGGGGCCCCCGGGGAAAUCCGGGAAGAGCUGGAGAAGCAGCUCCAGUCCUGCGUCGCUCUCACGGUCACAGCAAACCAGAUGGAGAUGGAGCAUUCCUUAAUAUUAAAUAACCUAAAGACACUCCUGUGGAAGAAAAUCUCUCAUACAAACGAUUCCUAGCCGAUUUGUCACACGGGGGGAACUUGCCACUGAAGUCAUUCUGACCAGUAAAAAAUGGCUCUUCCAACCUCUGCCCAACCCCAACCUUUCCCAUCAAGCCUCGGUGGGGUCCAGGCCCAGGCUCUCUCCCAGCUGGUGGAUGUCUCGGUUGUUUGGGAGAGCACGCAGACCCUUCUGUUUGUACAGUUUACAAAGAACUUUGACACGAAUUCUCACUUCAUUCCUAGGACAGUCCUGGGAGGGAUGCGGGGCAGGAUUAUUCCCAUUUUGUGGCUCAGGAGAAAAGGCGAGCUCUGCUUCCAAGUGGCAGCCAGGGCUCUUGCGCCUUCCUGGCUUCAGCUUCUAGGUCCAUGACCCCUUCACAGAGGCAGGCAAGUUCGGCCUUUGUACGUGAUCCGGUCAGAGACGUGUCUGCUUCUCAAACACGCCGAGCUGGUUCUUCACUCCUAAUGCUGUGAAAAUCCUCAUUCACAUGUGAACAUGUUGAUGAAAUGGUUUUUGCAAGGAAUUUUGUUAGCCAAGAGGCCACUGCUGGAAAACAUUGUGGUCGAAUCCAAGCUGCUGUUUUAAAAAUUAAUUUAACUUUCACAUAGUUUACUAAUAUUUCAGCAUGGCAGAAUUUGCACAUUAAUGGGAAAUUUCAAUUGCUAAGCAGAUAAAUUAAAUUCCUCUUUGGCAUAAA